GAAUUAGGACCCUGGCCAUCGCCAGGGUAUAAGAGUGGACACCGAACGACGUCUAGCCAUCAGUCUCUCAACGACACUCCUUGCUCACAAACCCACGAGAAUGAAGGUCGCCUUUGUGUUGCUCGCCGUUGUAGCCGUUUCCCUGGCGAAACCCCAGGGCUACACCACGAAAUACGACAACGUAGACCUGGACCAGAUCCUCCGUAACGAUCGCCUCCUCAACAACUACGUGAAAUGCCUCUUGGACGAGGGACAUUGCACCAGUGAUGGAAAAGAAUUGAAAGCUUCUCUCCCCGAUGCUCUCGCCACAGGCUGCACCAAAUGUAGUGAAAAACAGAGGGCAGGCAGUGAGAAGGUCAUCCGGUAUUUGGUAAACGAGCGGCCAAAGGUCUGGCAGAAACUCGCCGCCAAGUACGAUCCGCAUGACGAAUACAGGGUGAAGUUCCAGGGCGAGGCCAGUGCACGGGGAAUUCAGGUUUAAAUUAAUUGGUAAUUGUUGUUAGGUGUCGUCACUUCAAAAUUUUAUUUCCGGAGUUUUGAGACUCCUGAUGUAUCGAGUGCUUUGUAUGUAAUUUUUUCAUCUGUUGAAUAAAUCAUUGGGGAAGACUA